AUGCUCGCGCGCAAGUUCGCGGCUCUCCUCCCCCUCGCCACCUCCGCGCUCGCGUGGAAGCAUCCCUUGAAACUCGACACCGCGGCCUCCACCUAUGCGUCUGAGGACGCAUCAAGCACCGCGACCUCCGCCUCUGCGGACGCGUCAAGCACUCCGGGGGCGUACCCCGUCUCCGUCAUCCGUGACCCCAACUCGUCCGACACCGGGUUCGGCUUCACGCACGCACAAAACCAAGAGUACACUGCGAGGAUCACGAUCAAUGGCGUCGACUAUCAGGUUAUCCUCGACACCGGCAGUUCGGAUACAUGGAUCGACCCCGACAGUGUCGGCGGCAUGGCUCCCCCGAACCUCAUCCACACUGGCAUCAACUCCACGACAUCAUACGUGGACGGGUCGUCAGCGACGGGAGAGAUCGUGCUCGCAAACAUCACGUUUGGUCCCUACACCGUCGUCAACCAAGCGUUCACCACGUCGUACGGUGGAGCGGCCGACUCUCCUGGGUUGUGGAACGGUUUGAUUGGCCUUGGGGGUGCCCUCGGAUCGCAAAUUAUGGGCCUUGUCGAGAACACCACUUACGCCGAAAACGGUAUCCCGAUCCUUUACAACCUUUUCGACCAUGAACCUACGAUGCCUGAUUACGCUGCCUGGUACAUGUCACGGUCGGACGUGGGUAUCUCCGAUGGAGGUGUCCUCACUAUCUCCGAAGUCCUGUCGAACAUGACCGACGUCGUCAAGGCACCCGUUCUCGCCAGCCCUGCGCCAGGGGCCUGGACGUCGUACCUAGAAGACAUCACUGUCAACGGCCAAUCCGUGCCUCAGUCGACUGUGUUUGCCGACCACUACCUGCAGCAGUGGAACACAACUGUGCCGUCGAACACCUCUGUCGCGUGCUUUGACACCGGAACUUCGUUCAUCAUGGGUCCCCUUGAGUCGGCGCGUGCAAUUUACGCCAUGAUCAAUGGAGCCCAGGAGAUCGACGGUGGCGGCGGUAACUACUACUACUCUGUUCCCUGUGACACUAAGGUCAACAUUACCUGGACGUUCGGCGGUGUCACCUACCCCAUGCAUCCCAUUGAGGUGGCACCCCCCCUCGUGGACGCGAACGGAACAACGUGCCUCGGCGCCAUCAGCGCUGGUGCCGUACCCGAGGCUGAUUGGCUACUGGGUGCCGCCUUCCUGCGCAACAUGUAUGCCCUGUACGACUACAGCUCCGGCAUGGUCAACGUCCCCGGCUACUCCCAGACCUACCUCGAUCGCCCCACGACGCAGCUUCUCAGCAUCGUCGACCCGGACCAAGCAUGGAUGGAGGUUGACGCCAUGAUCGCCGCCCGUCUCAGCGCCCACCAGGCCGACUACUCCUCCACCGUCGCUGCGCCGCUUUCCGCCGGCACGGCCCGCCCAACCUUCACCGGCUCUGACGCACCCGAGUCCGUCACCGCCGUGAACAACGACCUCACCGACUCGUCCUCCAUGACCAUGACCGACUCCGACUACGCCGCGUCCGCGACUGCGACCGGAGACUCGCUCGCCGCGACCGCGACCGACACGUUCGCCGUGCUCGCCGCCGCCGCCGCCAGCACCAGCGACGCGGCGAGCGGCCCGGUCUACGGCCCGAACUGGAGCGUGCUCGUCCGCAACUCGUACAUCAUCAUGGCGCUCCUCGCCGGCGUCGUCAUCCUCCUGCUCGCCGUGCUCGCCCUCGUCGUGCGCGCUAACCGGCGCACGCGCGAGUACCGGCCCAUCGGCGGCGGGCACAGCGGCGGGUACUCGGACGGCCACGGGUCGUACUCGACCCCGUACGACAAGUGA